AUGGGGGGAAGCAACGAUUUGGCGGACAGCGCAGUGAAGGCCGGUGCAAGUGAGAAGGCGAACGUAGUGACGCCGCCGUCGGGAAGGACCUCAGCACCCGCAGUCAAGGCGCCGAAAGGCCAAAGAGGAGCCCGUCGGAAGGGAACCAAGACGAAGACGCCGCCACAGGACGAUCAGCCCGGCACCAGCGCAGGUCAGCCCGGUGCGUUGAACCCAUCGUCGUCGCACCCGCGGCCAUCGCUGAGCGCGCCGAAGGAAACCGCGCCGAAGCUCUUGCUGAGCGUGAGAGGCUCGACGAGCACACAUCAACGUGAGGCGAAUGAGAGGAAGCUGCUGGCGCUGGAACGCUUGGAGAAAGAGUGCCAACAGCGGGAGAAAGAGUUCCAGGAUAAGCAAUUGGAGUUUCAGAGGUGGAGUAGUGAGAUCGAAGAGCGUCGACAGGCGCUUCUACGAGGCGACUUCUCCGUGUCCGGCUCGACGGGAGCCGAUAUGAGCGAUCGAGAGGAGAACUGGGGCGGCAAUGCAGCACGGCACCAAGAAUGCGGUGAUCCGGAACAGCCUAACUGCCACGUUUACCGUCCAAGCCCACGGGAUAGCCUAGCCGAGCCGGAACGUCGUCUACCGGCCAGCUCGACCGCGAUCCGCACGGUCAAUGUCCCAGAAUUCGGCGACAGUUGGGGCGAUUCAAUGGGCGAAUUCCAACUGUCCAGGUCACAGGUCGCGGCGAGGCACGCCGUUCCAAAGGAGCUACCAGCGUUCAGCGGUGAUCCGGAACAGUGGCCAAACUUCCUGUCGAACUUCAACCGAAGCACGAGGAUGUGUGGCUUCACGGCGGACGAAAAUAUAAUACGGCUGGAAAGGUGUUUACGCGGCAAGGCGUACGAGACGGUUAAGUCCCUCCUACUGCACCCGAACAACGUGGGCAGGGUGAUCGCGACACUGAAGAUGCGAUUCGGUCAACCCCUGCGCAUCGUGCAGUCUUUGACCGAGCGGAUGAGCCAGUUACCGUCGGUUCUUGAAGGGCAAUGGGACCAGCUCACCGAUUUUGCGGUCGCGGUGCAGAACUGUGCAGCGACCAUAGAGAUUUGCGGUGCCCCGGAGCAUUGCUUCAACAGCUCCCUACUGUACCAGCUGUUGGGGAAGCUACCAGUCUCGGUGCAGCAGAUGUGGGCGAUGCAGACGCCUGAGGAGGUGCCGGACCUCGCUACGUUCAGCCAAUGGUUGUACGCGACGGCAGAAACUUUCAGCCGCCUUUCCUGGGCACAACGCCAGGGUCCACUGCCGGAGACUAGGACGGAGAGUCGGGCUGCACACCAGGCACCCGGAACGGCCCUACAAAGCAGCACGCCCAGUCCGUCGGCAAGUAUGUGUGCGGGCUGCGGAGGAGAGUGCCGCGCGGUGGAGCGGUGCAGCCGGUUCAUUAGCAUGGACACGACGAAGCGCUGGGAGGUCGCCAGGGAGGGUCACUUGUGCUUCGUCUGUCUGCGUCGUCAUAAGGGAGCAUGUGGAGCCAGGCCAUGUGGCAGCGAGGGAUGCACGGGCAAACAUCACGCCUUACUGCAUCGCGGGCCAUCGACCACAAUAAAUACCGUGCACGAGCCAUCAGAAGCUGGGGCAAAGCCAGGUGCAGUGGACUGUAUCCAGAUCGACAAACACUGUGAGGCUAGCGACGCCUGCCCCCAAUUUCGAUACCACUCGGUUAUUCUCCACGGUCGGACCAGCACCAUCAAGGCGAUGGCAUUCGUGGACGAAGGGUCGUCUUUCACGUUGGUGGAGGAGGACCUCGCGGACGAGCUCGGCCUAGACGGGCCCAACCAGCCAUUACACCUGCAAUGGACGGGAGGGAUUACUCGCGUGGAGAAGAGAUCACGCGUCGUGACCCUAAAGAUCUCGGGAACGCCACAGGGUCACCAGUACACUCUGUCCGGAGUGAAGACCGUACAGAAGCUGGAACUACCAGCGCAGACCCUCGACAGCGAAGUUCUACAAUCAAAAUACCGGCACCUGCGGGGCGUGCGACUGGAACCGUACACGAACGAGCGCCCCAAACUCCUCAUCGGGAUUGGGCACCUACAAGUAGGGCUGGUGCUGAAAUGUCGAGAGGGCGCAGCGAACGACCCGGUAGCCGUUAAAUCCCGCCUGGGGUGGACCGUUUGCGGGGGCGCUGACAAGGUGCAUAACGUAGCAGCCGUCCAGGUGCGUAGUAGCGACAGCAGCACGACCGACGAAGAGAUACACCAAGCGCUUAAUACGUACUUCUCCCUUGACAGUCUCGGAGUAACGAAAGCCACAAGAGUGACGACAACGGAGGACGCUAGGUGUCUGGAGCUGCUAACGGCCCGCACCAGGCUGGUGGGUGACCGAUACGAAACCGGCCUACUUUGGCGAGAGGACGACGGAACCUUGCCCAACAGCCGCCCGAUGGCGCUACAACGUUUCCAACAACUACAGAGGAGAAUGAAGAGAAGUCCGGAGUUCGCACGCACCUUGAAAGAGAAAAUAAAGGAGUAUGAAGAGAAACGAUACAUAAGGAAAUUAAGUGUUAGCGAGGAGCAGCAAGACGAGCCGAGACGGUGGUACCUUCCUAUCUUUGUGGUGACAAAUCCGAAUAAACCCGGGAAAGUUCGACUCGUCUGGGACGCGGCAGCAGAGGUGCGGGGUACCUCCCUAAACUCAGCGUUGCUAACAGGGCCCGACCUGCUCUCUAGCCUGUUCGAGAUUCUGAUCCGUUUCCGGGAAGGAAGGAUCGGGGUAACGGGGGACAUCCGUGAAAUGUUCCAUCAAGUGCGGAUACGUCCCGAAGAUCAGCCAAGCCAAUGUUUCUUAUGGGAAAACGAACACGGUGAGGUGGAGACCUACGCGAUGCAGGUGAUGACGUUCGGUGCCCGCUGCUCGCCCAGCACCGCUCAAUACGUGAAGAACAUCAACGCCCAGCGGUUCGCAGAAACCCACCCUAAUGCCGUUAAGGCUAUCAUCCACGCACACUAUGUUGACGAUAUGCUGGUGAGCGUCGAUCGCGAGGAGGAGGCCAUACAACUAGCCCUGGACGUCGCGCACGUACACCGCGAGGGAGGGUUCGAGAUUCGCGGUUGGAUUAGCAACUCGCCCCAGGUGUUAAGCGCCCUACACGGAGAACCUGAAGAAAAGCACAUAGAGUGUACGCACACCGUACACAUAGAGAAGGUGCUGGGAAUGUGGUGGGACACCGCGGCCGACACCUUCACUUACCGGAUCGGAAGGAACAAGCACUCUUGCGAUCUGUGGCAGGGAACGCGGUGCCCUACAAAGCGGGAGGUCUUAAGCGUGCUCAUGGCGAUGUUCGACCCGUUGGGCCUACUCGCAAAUUUCCUGGCAUACUUAAAGAUCCUGCUGCAGAAGAUUUGGCGAUCCGGGGUUCAAUGGGACGAACCGAUAGACAGCGAUUCAUUCACUAGCUGGAAAACAUGGCUGAAGGCUCUCCCAGAGGUGGAAAAGGUACGAAUUCCCCGGUGGUACGGCACAUCCGCCCUGACAAGGAAAGACGAAAUAGAGCUGCACACCUUUGUGGAUGCAAGUGAGAACGGAGCUGCCGCGGCCUGCUACAUCCGGCACGCCACGGGAGGAGCAGUACACUGCUGUCUAGUAGCUGCCAAGACAAGAGUUGCGCCACUGAGAUUUACUUCGAUUCCACGAAUGGAGCUGGAAGCAGCAGUUUUGGGAGCACGGCUCUGCCGGUCGGUGGAAGUCGCCCUCCGUCUGGUUGAAGAGGAAAGUGAGGACGGCGGAUCAAAAGCCGAAUCAUCAAGCAGAUUCUUCUGGACCGACUCCCGUAACGUACUGGGGUGGCUCAACUCCGACAGUCGCCGGUACAGCCAGCACGUCGGGCACCGAGUCGUGGAGAUUCUUAAAACGUCCAAAUGCCGGGAGUGGCGAUGGGUACCCACAAAGCUCAACCCGGCAGACGACGCAACCAAAUGGAGCAGGAUGCCCGAUCUCGCCGCCACAAGCCGGUGGUUCCGGGGCCCUCAGUUCCUGUGGGAAUCCGUCAAGACGUGGCCCGCACAACCGGCGGAAAAGCCGGUCACAGGAUCGGAGCUGAGGCCAGCUUUCGCCGGCCAUCACUCGCCUGACGCUCCGUCAAUACAACAGCCCGUGGUCGACGUGACGAGAUUCUCGGACUGGGCAAAGGUGCUCGUGGUAACCGGAAGGGUAUUGCGCUUUGUCCACAACUGCAGGGCUAGUAGCACCCAAAGAGUCGGAUCGUCAGGCCCUAUAACAGCAGAGGAAAGGAGCAAGGCGCAACGGGUUAUAAUCAGCCAGGCACAAAGGGAGGCGUUCCCCGCGGAAAUCGACCUGCUGAAGAACGCCAAGACGUCAACUAGGCUUACGACCGUGAUACCAAAACAGAGCCCGAUCCAUUCGCUGAGUCCGUACCUGGAUGAGUGCGGAAUCCUACGCAUGCGAACGAGGAUCGCUGCAUGUCACUACGCAACAGAAGACGCGAAGAGGCCGGUAAUUUUACCACGGCGUCAUCCGGUUACGGAGCUGAUAGUGCGAAAGUUUCACGAGAGGUUUCAUCACCGAAACCACGAGACAGUGAUUAACGAGGUGCGCCAGCUCUACCACAUUCCUCACCUCCGGUCCUGUUACGCUAGAGUGCGGAGGAACUGCCAGUGGUGCAAGAAUGCGGCUGCAGAACCGAAGGCUCCCAUCAUGGCUGACCUGCCCCCGGCGCGUCUUGCGGCCUAUGUACGGCCAUUCACAUACGUAGGACUUGAUUACUUUGGCCCAAUCGAAGUAGCCGUGGGAAGGCGAGUGGAAAAGCGGUGGGGCAUGCUGGCUACGUGCCUCACAGUGCGGGCGGUCCAUAUCGAGCUGGUUCACUCGCUGACCACCAGCUCAUGCAUCAUGGGUCUGCGGAAUCUAAUUGCGCGCAGAGGAACCCCGCUCACAAUAUUCUGUGAUCGAGGAACCAACUUCGUCGGUGCGCAGAGGGAACUGCAACGCAACCCGGAGCUGAUCGACCACGUCGAUAUCACAAAAGAGUGCAGCCAACGCGGGAUACGGUGGGAGUUCAACCCGCCACAAGCCUCCCACAUGGGAGGUAGCUGGGAGCGCCUGAUCCGGACGGUGAAGGAGAACAUCGUUGCUGCGAGCUCAGCCAAGCGUUUGAACGACGAAGUGCUGCGCAGCCUGCUGGUCGAGGUCGAGAGCAUUAUGAACGCGCGGCCCCUCACACACGUGCCGGUAGACGACGACUCGGCCCCGGCCCUAACACCGAACCACUUCCUGUUGGGUUCGUCGAAUGGCAUGAAGCAGCCGGGCGAGUUGGACGACAGCGGCAGCCUUCUGCGGCAGAACUGGCGAACAUCACAAGCGUUGGCCAACAGAUUCUGGAGGCGGUGGGUGACCGACUACCUGCCAGAGAUCACACGACGAACAAAGUGGCACCGAUAUAACGAACCCAUCAGGACAGGAGACGUGGUAGUCAUCGUCGAUCCCAGGCUACCCAGAAACUCCUGGCCAAAGGGCGUGGUAGAGCAAGUUUUCGCCAGCAAGCAGGACGGUCAGGUUCGAUCCGCAAGGGUCAGGACGGCGAACAGCACUUACGUACGGCCAGUCACGAAGCUCGCCGUGCUAGACGUGAUACGCCAAGAGUCAGGGGAAGGAGUGAUACGGGAUGCGCCGGGGUGCUAG